GAAUUGCAAAGAAAUGGUUUAUAAAUCUGAACAUAUUAUUUCUUACGAUCCAAAAGUAUAGUAUACUCUCAUUAGGACAGUAUGGCCGAUUUAGCUGUUGUUACUGAAUUACUACUAAGCUACUUUUCUGCAACAAAUCUCAAUUAUAUAACUUUCUUUCAUUGCUGGAAUUUUGAAGAAAGUCAUGAUUUUGUACAGAGAUUCUCUAGUUCAGCUAAAUUUGUCGAUAUGGUUAACAUGAAUGAAGAUGCGUUCAAUUCUUUGCAUCAAGCCAAACGCAUUUCCAGUAGAUUUCGAAUGAAGGUUGGCAUGGCUUUGGAUUACGAGUGUGCCGGAAGUGACGAAGUCAUAUUAAAGUGCAUUGACCACAAUUGUUUUUCGACUUCGACAUUUUGGAUUAUGAUAGAUCGAAAACGAAAUCAAACCGUUUUCGAUUUCUUGGCAACUGUAGAUCUAUACGUCGAUGCCGAAGUUAAAGUACUUACACGAAACGGAUUGUACGACGUUUACAACAAUGGACGGCCACUUGGCGGUCAGUUGAAUGUAACGCUGGACAGGGACAUUAUUCCGGACACGAACCGCCUAGGACCCAGUAGAUUUGCUGGCAAACCAAAAUACGAACAUCGACGUACUCUUUCGGAUUUGACGCUUCGGGUAGGAACCGUAUCGCAAAGAUUUCCGCGGUUGAACAGUUCGAUAGAGCUGGUUGUUACCCAUCUGGAGUCGGACAAUGACCGCCAUAUGGACCAUGCGGUACGAUUCGGCCAUCGUUUGAUCAAAGCUUUACAAGCUACUUUGGGAUACAACGUCCAUUACAUUCAUUACGAUCGCUGGACAUUCAAUGAUUCUACUGGCGGUAUUCUGGGGGCACUCGUCAACAAGGAAAUAGAUCUUUCAUCGGCAGGUUUGAUGACAAAAAUCAAAAGGAUGGAACAUCUGGCUAGUGUUCUGAGCUACAUGACGUUCGAACUCAUGUUCAUCUUUAAAACUCCAGAAAGCACUCAGCUAACGGACAACGCAUUUAUCAGACCAUUUUCAUCCUCGGUUUGGCUGAUGAUCUUGUUAACCAUCAUGCUAGGAAGCAUUGCAUUCAAACUCAACUUCACCGCAGAAACUGUUCUUCAAGAGAACUUCAAACCCUCAGAGAAUCCGUCAUUCUUCAGUUUAAUUGUUGAAUUUCUGGGGAACUACUGCCAGCAGGGUUCGCAAUAUAUGCCGGAAAGUUUGUCCGGCAGAGCAAUGCAACUGUUCAUGCUGUUGUGCACCCUCAUGGUCUACAAUUACUAUACUUCGAAAAUUGUAUCGGACUUAAUCGGAAGCCACAAGGAGUCGGAUAUCAAAACGCUGAUUCAACUUGCUGACAGCCACAUCGAAUUGGGCAUCGAAAAUGUGACCUACGAGAAGGCUUUUUUCUAUCAAUCACAUCUUCCAGACGUAGAUUACCUUACUAAGAAGAAAGUGACCGAAAAGACCUUCAUCAAUUCGUCGGUUGGGCUUCAACGGGUUCGUCGAGGAAACUUCGCAUACAACUGUGAACGCAACGUGGCCUACAAUCUGAUAAGGGCUAUGUUUGAUUCGACGGAAGUAUGCGAUCUGAAUGAGUUGGAAAGUAUGCCCUCGCAAUUUUUAGAUCAUUUGGUACGUAAGGAUUCACACUUCCGGGAAAUUUUCAAAGUCAAAUACACGCGAAUGUUGGAGGUUGGCAUCAAAAAAAAGUUCGCCGAUUAUUGGGUAGCCAAGAAGCCGGAAUGCUUUUCGGGAAGCAUUAUUUCCAGUGUAACUAUUACUGGUGCGUUGCCGAUAUUUGUGCUGCUUGGUUUUGGAUUGGUGCUGUCUUUUGUGGCUUUUGGAGCGGAAAUUGUGGCACAAUUUGUUACGAAAGAUAUGGCGAAGAAAAUUUUGAAGAAAACAUUCGGCCAUGUUUCGGAUGACAGAGUAGUCAAGAGGAAAUUCUUAUAAAUGUAUCAAUAUUCAAUAAAGUAUACUGAAGAACAAUAAGGUAGGCAUCGCAAGUAACCAGGAUGACUAAUUAUAAGCUCUAAAUCAGCAUCAUAGAUGCAUACAGGCAUAAUGCAAUUACAAAUGCUGACAUGCAUAAUAACUGCAUAGAAACUCUAUUAUUGUAUCAUUUCUCAACAAACAUUUUAGUGAAAUGAGAAUUGAACAAACUACUCUAAACAAUAUAAGCUGAAAUAUUGUUAUAAACUGUUGUUCAUCGAUUAUGCUUGUUAUGCUUGUAAGCCUGAUGCAUACAGGCAUUAAAUAAGCACCAUAUUGGCUUCAUAUUCGCAUAUAGGGCAUACUUCAACGUUAUCCAGUGUUUUGACAGAUAUACCUCGUGCUUAGUGUUUGCAUGUAGUUUUAAGAGGGAGUAUAAUACAAAUAUUAUUACCACACAGCUAAAGAUAUGUUGUAAAGUUCAGUUUUCUUUUCAUGCACAUAUUUGGAGCAUUAA